AUGUUUGCUCAGGAGCGCAUCGCGAAGACCAUCGAUCAUAUUGAGCGGGAGGACUCCCUAGGCGAUAUAAAGAUGUUCUUGGAAGCUAGAUCCCAUUAUCUUCCCGUGGCAACCGAGACAGCUCGCCAUGAUCUAAUCAACCAGGUCUUAGAGAAGUCAGACGGUAAUUUCCUGUGGGCGUCACUAACCCUUAGAGAAUUGGAAGAAACUAGUAGUGAAGAGCAAAUCUUAGAGGUCUUAGAGUCAGUCCCAGAAGAGAUGGAUGACGUUUAUAAACGAAUUCUUGACAGGAUAUUGGCUACUCCUAGAAACGUCGAGCUCGCAAAGGCCAUCCUUCGGUGGGUUGUGUGUGCUGCGAGGCCCCUGUUGGCGGAAGAACUAAAAGAAGCAAUAAAACUAGAUAUUCACGAAACACCUCAUAACAUCGAGAAAGACGCUGGCACAAUCUGUGGGCACCUGGUAAUCGUCGAUAACAGGCAGAGGGUGCAGAUAGCUCAUCAGACCGUCAGAGCGUACCUAGUCCGAGACGGAUUAUCAUCCUACUUUGCAGUUGUUCGACCCCAGGCCCACUCUAGACUCGCAGAAGUAUGCGUGAAGUAUCUCUGUGGGGAUGAGAUGAAAACCCCUCGACACCGUCGAGGCAGUGCGACUUCCCGAGGCCCCAAGAGAUCAGCGUUUUCUGACUAUGCGGCCAAGCAAUUCUCCGAACAUGUUGUCAGGUCUUCUUCUGCUAUAGACCCCCCCUUCAUCGCUUUGAACUCGUUCCUCCGAGGUAAUGUCUUGACCUGGAUCGAGUUCAUCGCCGCUACCCAGGACCUUAGUCCCUUAACGCAGACUGCGAAGAACCUCAAAAUAUAUCUUGACCGACGCGCGAAAUAUCGUUCUCCCCUUGGUCAGGAAGUCAGCAAUGUCUCUGCUUGGGCCAACGAUAUAAUACACCUUGUCGCACGAUUCGGGAAGCCCUUGUUGACGCACCCUUCUCCGAUCCAGUUUCUUUUACCUUCGGUCUGUCCUCCUGAAUCCAUCAUUUUCAAAACGUUCAAAGACUACCCACGGAGCCUACAGUUGGUGGGUUUGUCACAGAAGGACUGGAACGACCAGCUUAGUUGCACCAUAUACCCCCAAACCCAAGCGUACUGCAUGGCUUGUUGCGAUAACCGUUUUGCCGUUGGCCUAUCUGAUGGAUCCGUCAGAGUCUAUCAUGAAGUCACAUGCCAGGAAGAGCUCCGACUCAUCCAUGGCGAGGGCGUGCGUCACCUAGUUCUCUCAAACUCAGGGACCCAUCUGGCUGCUGCUGGCCGUAAGAAGAUUAAAAUGUGGGACCUCAUCACAAGCACACUAUUGUGGACUGCCACUGCUCCUGACAUCCUUCUGGCCAUGGAGUUCAACGAUGCUGGGACAAUCCUUAUGACGACGACUAGGACUGAAUUCAUGAUCUCCCUACGUGUGGACAUUGGUGAAGUGGACGACAAGGUUCAAUUCUCGGAUAUCUUCGAGGAUGACCCGGUGGAUGAAGACCACAAGCAAAGGCCUGCAAAGCUCGCUAGCAGUUAUCGGCGGCCCCCAAACCUGACCGUAUUCUCCACAAAACUCAAUCUAUUGGCCGUUGCAUAUCGCGCCCGGCCUGUGACCUUCUGGGGCUUGAAUGACAGUUCAUAUGUUGGUCAGCUAUGGAGGACUUCUGACGAAUUUCAACUUGCCGUCGUCGCCCUAGUGUUCAACCCUAAUCCAGAUGUCAGUCUCGUCGCUGCCGCUUAUCAGGAUGGUUCAAUUCUGACCUUCGACCCAUGGACACAAUGUAAACACGGAGAUACAGGCCCCGUUGGGGCUAUGAUUCUUGGGGCCUCACCCGAUGGAACGAUCCUUGCGACCGCCGAUUUCACAGGAGUCAUUACAUUGUUCGACUUCGAGACUUUGAGACUGCUAUAUAAAGUUACUUCUGUAGAACAAAGCGUUCGUCAAAUCGUUUUCAGCAGUUCAGGUCUGCGGUUCUACGACGCUCGAGGAGACCGCUGUACUGUUUGGGAACCUUCCGUUUUAGUACGUCGUAAUGAUACCGGGGACGAUUCCAGCUUGGAUUUCAGUGAACAAGUCCCUUCAGGUCCGGAAAUCGUAAACAAUCGCACAUCUGACGAACGUCUUGCGCUAACCGUCUUCACCGCUCAUCACGAUGGGGAAACCAUCUUCUGUGGUCGUGAAAGUGGCGCCGUUGUGGCAUAUUCCAGCAAGACAGGACAACCAUUCCAAGAACUCUUCAGUCAUAGGAAAAACAUCGGCAUACUCCUCCUGGGGUGGAAUGAAGCGGCAAGCUUACUUGCAAGUGUAGACCGGUCGGGUUAUAUCUUGGUACAAAAGCUCACCUUCAACCCUGGCAGAAAUUUCGAUGUUGCGGAUCCUAUCUUGGGCCGUAAGUCAGCAUCUCCUGUGCACCAGGUCCUCAUAAAUCUUGAUGGAAACCGGUUCCUUGUCUCCACAGCCGAGACGGACGAGGUCUGGAGUUUAGAGAACGACUCAUUAGUUCGCUCACAUACCGUCACUGUAGCGAGAGGCUCGUGGAAGUGGGCCAACCAUCCCACUCAACUUGGCAAACUACUCCUAGUGAGUGGAGAUAGAGUCAAGAUCUUCGAUUGGAAUGACGGCAGCGAGCUGUCACAACCGAAUGGCAUUGGUCUUGGACUCCAAAGAUCCGAAGAUGUUGCUCUCAUCGAUGUUAUUCUCUCACCACGAGCUCGAGGUCUCUGCAUUUUUCAGACUGGUUCCAGAGUUACCACCAAUAGCGUCCCAGCUCUUCGUUUAUGGCCCGCCGAAUCCAUAUCACCAGAAACCACUCAAAUAAAAUGUCUGGCCGACUACGACGAGCUGGCCAAAGACAUCAAGGCUGUCAUCGAAAUCUACAGAACCCAAGUGAUAUUCCUAGACCACAACGGUUGGGUAUGCUCAAUCGACAUCAACAGCGUCAAUGCGGCACAGAAAUCGUUCACCAGACAUUUCUUCAUCCCGUUCCAGCUGCAUGGCACCACGGGACAUUUACUGAUGUUGGUCACGAACCGUGGAGCUGUCGCGCUGGCGGUGGGAGAUGAGUUGGCUGUGUUUCAUAACGGAUUGAGUUUUGAAGAACAUGUGGGUUUGGGGGGCUCACCUCUGGUGUCGGCGAGGCCGUCGAUGAGGUCGAAUCUCAAGAGGUUUCGGUCCGCUCCAACGUGA